GGGGGGGGCUGCGCCAGUGCCACCAGGGCUCAUAAACAGCAGCCGGGCAGCGAGGCAGGGGCUCAGAGCAUGCAGCUGCUCCUGCUGGCCGCGGGGCUCAGCCUGCUGUCCAUGGCGCCGGCUGAGGAGGGCGACAUGGUGAUGCCCGCGUCCAGAAGCACACUCUACUCUCAGGCAUCACUUCUCCAGCUUUUAGGAACAUGGUACAUACUUCGCUGGGCUGGAACCAUCCCCAUCCCCAGGGAGAAGCGGCGGGAACCCCUGCCCCCCUUUAGCUUUGUGGUAAAUUACAUCGGGAAACUGGAGUUCCGGAUGCACAUCCGGAAGCCAAGCGGAUGCCACCUGUUUAAACUGCCUUUUAAUGAGGGGCUCGAUCCUGGGAGCUUCAUCACCUGGUGGAAACACCUGAUCCACAUCUGGCUGCUCACACCCAGGACGUACGGUGUCGCCUUCUUCGACGACAAGAUCAACAACCAGAUGAUGAGCCUGGUGAUGCUCUUCGUGCGGUCCACCUGGACCCCGGUGGUCACCCCGUCCUCCUCCUCCACCCUGCUCACCUCGCCCUGCUGCCCAACAUAUCUGAAGCGUCCCCCUCUGCCAGUGCCCACCUCCUGCCUCUGCGGCCGCCCCCCUGCGUCCCAGUUUUCCUGCGCCCUGGGUCACCGCUGCCUUGACCUGCGCUGGGCUCCCAGGCUGGCCCCAUGCUGCUCCGUCUGCGGACCUCACCUGGGAGGGCCGCACCCUGGACGACGACCCGCAGGCGCUGGAGCUGUUCACUGAGCUUCUGGAGGCGAAGGGGCUGAACGCCAGCGAGGCCGUGGUCCCGCCCCACCUGUACGCCUGUGAGGUGACCGGAGUGCCCUAGAUCCGGAGGGGAUGCUGCAGCCACACCACUCGGGGACCAGGAGCAGCGGGACUUGGCCCAGGCCUCUCUGAAAUCCCUGCUGAAGAUUUAGCAAAUAAAAGCAAUUUGUGGCAGCCUGGCUUCCUCCUAUGGCCAAGCCCCCUGCCCGGCCUCCCUCC